UGUUAAACCUCCUCCUUUUCAACUUUCAGUCUAAGGCAGCCAUCUUCGUCUGAAGUCUAAACCCUCCCUUCCCCUCCGCUGGGGAAUAUCACGAGUUCAAUUUAGCAGCAGAAGCCGCAGCCAGCGCGCCACCGUCUUCCGAUUCAAUGGCUCCCAGCUUCUUCUUCGAACCUCCGAGCGACGAAGAGCCUGAGCUCUCUUAUCACGAAGAAGACGAGGAAGACGAAGAAGAAGAAGAAGAACCAGAGCAGCCGCCACAUAAACAACGGAAAAUAAGACUGGAGCAAGAACAAGAGGAAGAGAAAGCGGAGGCAGCGGCGGCGGAGGAGGACAGUGGCGGCGACGGCGAAGAAGAAGAUGAGGAUGAAGACGAGGAGGAGGAUGAGGAUGAAGAGGAACGAGUUAAGCCUUCCAAAACCAAGACACAGUCGCCGUGGGAUUUCGCAGCCUUCUCGGAAUCUGUAGCAGAGGAGCACGCUCGUCGGAGAACCACUUCCAUAGACGACAAGAUCUCAAGAGCUCGCCAGCAGCUCGCCGUUCCCAUUAACAACGCCAGUGACGACGAAGCAUCUGAUGCUUCCGAUGCUGAGUCCGACAGACAAGAAGAGUACAGGCAUGACGAUGAUGAUGAUGAGGCGACUAAUGUUGAUGAACCAAAGUCAUUUUUUGCAUCCUCUGAAGGAACUUCAUUUCAUGCAAAUUCAUUCAUAGAGCUCAACUUGUCAAGACCGUUGCUUCGAGCCUGUGAGGCGUUAGGUUAUGUUAAGCCUACACCGAUUCAGGCGGCUUGCAUACCUCUGGCACUCAGUGGGCGGGAUAUCUGUGGUAGUGCCAUUACUGGUUCUGGGAAGACAGCUGCCUUUGCAUUGCCUACACUGGAAAGGUUACUUUUUCGGCCAAAACGUGUUCAAGCAAUACGGGUUCUUAUACUUACUCCUACCAGAGAGCUUGCUGUUCAGGUUCAUAGCAUGAUUGAGAAGCUUGCUCAGUUUACCGAUAUCAGAUGUUGCUUAAUCGUGGGUGGGCUUUCAUCUAAGGUUCAACAAGCUGCCUUGAGAACAAUGCCAGAUAUUGUUGUUGCUACCCCAGGGCGCAUGAUAGACCAUCUGCGGAAUUCGAUGUCUGUAGAUUUGGAUGACCUUGCAGUUAUGAUCCUUGAUGAGGCUGAUCGUCUUUUGGAGCUUGGAUUCAGUGCAGAAAUUCAAGAACUGGUUCGGCUGUGCCCCAAAAGGAGGCAAACUAUGCUGUUCUCAGCUACCAUGACCGAAGAAGUUGAUGAACUUAUAAAACUUUCUCUAUCUAAACCAUUGCGGCUCUCAGCUGACCCAUCUACAAAACGACCGGCAACAUUGACUGAGGAGGUGAUUAGGAUACGUAGAAUGCGUGAGGGGAAUGACGAAGCAGUUCUUCUGGCAUUGUGCACAAAAACUUUCACAUCGAAAGUGAUUGUUUUCAGUGGCACUAAGCAAGCUGCACAUAGGCUUAAGAUUCUGUUUGGACUAGCAGGCCUUAAAGCUGCUGAGCUUCAUGGAAAUCUUACUCAAGCUCAGCGUUUAGAUGCUUUGGAGCAAUUCAGAAAGCAGGAAGUUGACUUUUUGAUAGCAACUGAUGUGGCUGCUCGUGGCCUUGACAUUGUUGGUGUCCAGACAGUUAUUAACUUUGCCUGUCCCCGUGAUCUUACAAGUUAUGUUCAUAGGGUGGGCCGUACUGCCAGAGCUGGUAGGAAGGGAUAUGCUGUCACAUUCGUAACAGAUAAUGAUCGCUCUCUUUUGAAAUCCAUUGCAAAAAGGGUGGGUUCAAAGUUGAAGAGUCGGAUUGUGGCUGAGCAAUCUAUUACUAAAUGGGGUCAGAUAAUCGAGCAAAUGGAAGAUCAAGUUGCUGAGGUUCUUCAAGAAGAGAGGGAAGAGAUGGCUAUAAGAAAAGCUGAGAUGGAAGUAACAAAGGCUGAGAAUAUGAUUGAACACAAGGAAGAAAUAUUCUCCCGGCCCAAAAAAACAUGGUUCAUGACUGAGAAGCAAAAGAAGCUUUUGGAGAAAGCAACAAAGGCUGAAAAAGAAAAUGGAUCUGGGAAAGGCAUGAUCAGUGCCCAACAAGCCGAGGACCUAAAAAUGAAGGCAAAGAGGAAGAGAGAGCAUGAGAGGAACUUGCCCCGUAAGCUGCGUCGCAAACUACAAGCAGCGAGAGAGAUGCUGGAGGAUGAAGAAGACGAAGUCAAACCUAUGCGGGGUAGCGGAAAAGACAAGAAAGAAAAGGCUGGAUUGUCACUGGUUGACCUAGGGUAUAGACGUGCCAAGGCAGUAAAAGCUGUCAAGAGGGCGAAAGAUUCGGGCAAGUUCGUAGAGAAGAAGGCCCCUAACAAAUCAAAGCGCCCUUCCCAAAGAAAUCAAUCCAGGACCGAAGAGAUGAAGGAUCUAUUCCAGACCGAUAUGAGUGAUAGGAAACAGCUAAACAAGGGUUCCAGCAGUGGGUUACGCAAAAAGGCUAAGAGUUCUUUCAAGAGCAAAUCACGAUAUAAACGCAGGUAGAUGCAUUAAGGAGUGGUACUUGCUGGUCUGCAUCAUCCAACUGAUAUACAGAGAGAAGCUACCUUCGUCACAAAUUGGAUGCUUGCGCGAACGAGGAAUACUGAAAUCUUCUCCGGUAGUGUCAAUCAAAGAAGAUGUCUGCAUUCUCCGAAGCAUUCUCGGUUUUGAGUAUUUAUCAUGCCCCUCAUAAUAGUACCCUAUUAUUUUGUCACCUCAAUACAUUGCCGCCUCUUCCUGUCAUGCUCCCUUGAAAACGCAUUCUCGGCAAUUUGUUUGCCAUCGAAUUGAUGUACAAGUACAACCCAAACCAAGCAGAGCUACAAAACCCCCAACGGACAUAAGGUUGUCUCUCAUUUUGCUAUUUGGUAGAAAGAUCAACACAUUAGCGUCUUAACCUUGUAAUAAAACUGAACAUAGCUAGGUUAUCUCCAUAAUGUUAUAGGACAACCAAUACCUAAAUUCAGGUUCACACACAUCGAAGAGAUGCCUACUAAACAAGUCUAUGACCCUUGCUAGCAAGAAAAUCUGCAGUAUGAUUACAUUCCUCA